AUGAUUUGGCAACCAACAUCUUAUUGGACAUCCCUGGUCACACCCCUGAUUUUUGGUCUGCUUCUACAGCCACCACUUACACAACUUUCCAUCAUCACACAGCCAAACAUUGUCCUGUUGAUGGCUGAUGAUCUCGGCAUAGGGGACGUAGGUUGCUAUGGGAAUGAUACUAUCAGGACCCCGAACAUUGACCGCCUCGCAAAGGAAGGAGUGAAACUGACCCAACACAUCGCUGCAGCUCCACUUUGCACACCCAGCAGAGCAGCUUUUCUCACUGGCAGAUAUCCCCUUCGAUCAGGGAUGGAUGCUAUAAACAAUUACCGUGUUAUUUUUUGGAAUGGCGGCUCAGGAGGUCUUCCUCCAAAUGAAACCACUUUUGCCAAAAUACUGCAGCAGCAAGGCUACAGCACAGGACUGAUAGGGAAGUGGCAUCAAGGUGUUAACUGUGAAUCCCGCAAUGACCAUUGUCAUCAUCCUUUAAACCAUGGGUUUGACUAUUUUUAUGGGAUGCCUUUUACACUGAUAAGUGACUGCCAACCAACAGAAACACCAGAGAUGGACAGAGCCUUUAGAAGGAAACUCUGGCUUUCCACUCAGAUGAUUGGCCUUGUCACACUCACUGCUGCCCUGGGAAGACUGACCGGCUUGAUUUCAGUCCGCUGGAAAAUGCUGACCUGCCUUGCUGGGUUUAGUCUCCUGUUCUUCGUAUCCUGGUUCUCAAGUUAUGGGUUUGUGCGAUACUGGAACUGCAUUAUGAUGAGAAACCACGAAGUUACUGAGCAGCCAAUGGUGACAGACAGGACUACGUCCCUUAUCUUGAGAGAGUCCAUUUCAUUUAUUGAAAGAAAUAAGCACAAGCCAUUCCUCCUCUUUCUUUCCUUUUUACACUCCCACACCCCUCUCCUCACCACAGAGAAGUUUCUUGGGAGGAGCAAACAUGGUUUAUACGGAGACAAUGUAGAGGAGAUGGACUGGAUGGUUGGCCAGGUUCUAGAUGCUAUUGACAAGGAAGGCUUGAAAAAUACUACGCUAGUUUACUUUGCCUCUGAUCAUGGUGGAUGGCUGGAAAGACAAGAAGGCAAAAGGCAGCUGGGUGGUUGGAAUGGAAUAUACAGAGGUGGAAAAGCUAUGGGAGGCUGGGAAGGAGGAAUCCGUGUCCCAGGGAUAUUUAGGUGGCCAGGAGUGUUGCCUGCAGGAACAGCUAUUGAUGAACCUACAAGCCUUAUGGACAUUUAUCCUACAGCAGUUCAUCUGGCUGGAGGGGCGCUACCCCAAGAUAGGGUGAUCGAUGGCCGGGAUCUGAUGCCUUUACUGCGAGGAACAGUUGAGCACUCGGAGCACGAGUUCCUGUUUCAUUACUGUGGCAUUCACUUACAUGCUGUGCGGUGGCACCAGAAGGACAGUGGAGCCAUCUGGAAGGCUCACUAUGUGACCCCUGUCUUCCGUCCUCUCGGAGCUGGGGGUUGUUACGACAGAGGAUUUUGCCCAUGUUUUGGGGAAGGUGUGACACAUCAUGACCCUCCAUUGCUGUUUGAUCUCUCACGAGACCCUUCUGAGGCCAAACCUCUGUCAGCUGACACCGAGCCCCUCUUUCACACUGUGAUAAGGGAAAUUAGAAGAGCCACAGAAGAGCACCGCAGGACACUGACUCCAGUCCCAGAGCAGCUCUCCGUGUACAACGUGGUGUGGAAGCCUUGGCUGCAGCCGUGCUGUGGGACGUUCCCAUUCUGUUGGUGUGAUAAGGAAGGCAACAAUAAACUUGCUAACCUAUAAAGGAAAGAACCAGUUACCUCCU